CUUGGUCAUAUCUAAGGUGACCUGGAUGACCCCCCACCCCAGCACUCCGCUGACGGAUCCCUGCAGGCCGUCACAGCACAGCGUGCAUUCUGAGUAACGGACUCAGGGUUUUAUUUUUGGACUGCUAUGGAGCCUGUGCCUUCCAUUUGAAGGAAGGGGGAAUAGUUGAACUCAACAUGAGUGUCCCGUUCUGACAGUCCGUGCUGGGACAAGCAGGCAGCUGCCGGACACCCCUGAAGAGCAGACACACAGGAGACAUCUGAGUGUCUUCAUCUGUCUUCUACGGUCAUCUCUUGGGGGCUAAGGAUUUCAUGGCUGUCAAUUUUGGCAAUGCUGGCCUGCUUUCCCAGCAGUACAGACCACCUCUGCUCCCCAAACCCGGGAAAGAAAAUGUCCGGCUUCAGAAACUAAUCAAGAAGACAGCAAAGAAAAAGGCUGCCGCACAGGCCUUACAACAAUCCGUCCCGUUCCGCUCGAGCCUCUCCCCAGUCAAUGAAGCAAGUCCCGACUUGGAACACAGUGACCACUCAACUCCUCCCAAGACUCCAGAAACACCUUUAUACCUUGGCACAGUACACCCACGUUUCAAUGUCCGACCAUUGUAUCAGCAUGUAUCAUCUCCCUAUCCUCAUCACAGAGCAUUCUCUUUUGACAAGACAUCAAGGUAUUCACCUCAACCAUAUGUGGGUCCAAUCCACAUCAUCCCUCAACAAGAAGCUCCAGCAUUUCCAUACACACCAUCACCAGUACAUGCUACUGCUCCAAUCAGGAUUUUAGUGACCGAAGAAACCACACACAUGAAAUCCUCAGACACUGUGCUACAAACUUCACAAAAAGGGAAAGUCGGUACAACUCUCACAGCCAGUAUUAUUACCUCUAAAGCUUCAAGCCCUACUUCUAGAACAGCAAAAACAUUGUUUGAGGUUCCUCAAAUUAGCAACUACACAGCAAAGACAACAGGAUUGAGAACAUCAUAUUCAUCAUCACCAACAAGGAGUAAAACACCUAUUGCAGAGUUGUUGAGAGGCCCAACACCAACGUUUGAGUUUAGAAAGAUUGUAAUACCAACAUCAGAAAUAAAAAGAGAUAAAACACCAACAAGAGAAAUCAGAAGGGUUAAGACACCCACAUUUGAAGUUAAGAGGAUAACAACACCAACUUCAGAAAUUAAGAAAGCCUCAAUUCCAAAAGCCGAAAUCAAGAAAGAGGCAAUUCCAUUUUCCCAAAUUAAGGUCAGUGCCCCAGCCCCAGAGAUUAAUCCAGAUUCAAUACCUACAUCUGUUGAGACUAAACAGGGUUCAACUCUAACCGUUGGGACAAAGGUGGUUACAACUCCAGCCACAGUAAAAACACCAACAUAUGACUAUACCUUAGCAAAAUCACAUGCAGGGCGGCCCAAAACCCCCUCAGAACAUGUAUCAUGUGCUACAGUACCUGUUAUUCAGAUUUCAAGACCAAAUCCACUUUUAUUUGCUGUAUCUCCUGUACACAUGGAUGGCAGAAGAUCUAAAACACCAACCUCAAGCUUGACUGGGCCACAUGAUGAAAUUCACAAAAUGUCAGAUCAUGUGAAUCACAUCAGUCUUCAGAAUGGGGAUAUAAAUGUGAAAUCAGCUGAGCCCUUGAUAGAAAGAGUGGGUAAAACCCCUAUUGAUAGCCUGUCAAAACUUGAACCUUUAAAAACUCAAAAACAGGAAACUCAAGCACUAGAAUCCCCAAAACCUAUCGCAGAGGUACACAAAAAGCCUAAAGCUCCAAGUACACCUAGCAUUCAACUAACACAGCCAGUUUCAUCUUCAGCUGGGCAACAAAAGCCUAGAGUCCCAGCAUUUGCAGGUCAAAGACCUAAAACACCAACAACACCUAAAUCCAAAUCAACAUACUAUGGAUUAACUCCCGCUGAAUAUGUUGCCCAUGGAGGAAUAAAAGGUUAUACGCCCACUUUUAGCAUUUACACACCAACUACUGAGGCAUCUCAACUUCCCAAACAGGAACCAGUAGUAUCUCAACCAGCUGAAAGUGUGACCAAGAAAGUUGAUGCUAAGCCUGAGGUAAAGCCCAAAGAGGAAUCUGAAAUCCUGCCAUCUCAGACUGUUGUUAAAGGAGAAACCACUGUAGCUCCUCCACCUUUGGAGGUUAAAAAGUCAGCAUCUCAAACAAAAGCUACAUAUGUGGGGGACAUUCCCAAAGGAACUGUGCCACCAGAAGUUAAAAUUCCAACCAUUGUGGUGACUGUAGCUGAUACACCAUCAUCAGAGUCACUAAAAGCAAAGACAACUAGCAUUGUAACACCAAGAGUAAGAACUCCAACAUAUGGAUCUGCCAGACUUUCUCAAAUGAUAUCAACCACUCAAACUUCAAAGGAAACUUCGAAACCGGAAAGUGCCAUAGCUGUGCCAUUACCUGACCAAUAUGUGGUAAAGCCAGUGCUUCCCAAGGUGACAGAAGAUACAAUUUAUGCCCAACCAGCAAAAGUGUCAGAGAAGCCUACAGAGGAUAAAAUGUCAUUGUUGGACAGCAUUAAGAAACAGAACCUUGAAUCUGGUUCUGUUGAAAAAGCUCCUGAAAAGAUUGGAGAGGUUCAGGCUGUAGCUCAGUCUCUGGUUAAACCAAAAGAAGACCAAAACAACCUUAAAACAAAGGACAAUGAAAAAGUAGAUGGAGUCAAGAUGAAACCUAGUUCCCAACAAGAGCUCAAACCUGUAGAGAAGGAGGAAGCUGAUGGGCACUCCCUACCUGCAGAGCCUCUCUUGAAAGUGAUACAGAAACCAAAAGCCGUGAAGUCAAAACUCAGUGGCUGGUCUCGCCUCAAAAAACAUAUGGUGGUUGAGGCCGAGGAACCCACAUUUCCAGAAUUGCCAUUGGAGAAAGGAGUCACUGCCAGUGCUGAUCAAAAUUCAGUUGAGGUGCAGAACAAGUCACAAGAGGAAGCUAAGAUAAGUGAAGGCCAGGACACCCAGGAAACUCAUAGGUCAAUCAAAAUGUGGGAUGCUGUCCUCUUUCAAAUGUUUUCCACCAAAGAGAACAUAAUGCAACAGAUUGAAGGCAAUAAAACUGAGGAGCAGAAAAAAUAUGAAGAACAGGAGAUGCCAAAAGAAAUUCCAUCGUUUGCACAUCGUUUGCCACUUCUUCUAUACAGCCCACGGUUCGAUGCCAGGAGACUAAGAGAGGCAGCUUCACGACCAGCAACAAAGAUUGCAACGGUUUUCGAAAUGGGGCUCAUAGGCCGGAAAAAUAAGGAGGAAGAUCCAAAAGACUUUAACAGAACAGCCAGAGGCUUUAGCACUUAAAGUAAAAAAACUUAAAUAAUGGAAAAGAAUGUUGUUAGCUUUAGUUAUGAUGGUAGUGUAUCCAAACUAUUUUCUUCAUACCAUAUUUUAUAACUUAAUACCAGAUCAAUUGGCAGGUAAAAUAAAAUAGAUUUAAUGUCAAAUAUACAUUGCAGUCCCAAAGAUUUAAGCUAACUGAAGUAAUGAAAAAACAGAACAUGCUUUUAUUUCAGACGUCAUUUUUAGAUUGAAGUGUUACAAUGUUCACAGUUUCCAAGAUCAUCUUUUAAUCAGUGAAAACUAUUUUUAAAGCAUGUUAAUACUAAGAUUUUGAUAAUUAUUACAUCCUCAAACAUUUCUAUUUAAUUAAAGGUAUGUUAUGACGUCAGCUUGCCAAAAGACAUGCAUAAUCAAAGUUUUAGUCAUCUGAUAAUAUCCACUUACAGUGACAGCAUUCUUUUUUCAUAAUAUUAUAAAUAAAAUAAAAUACACCACC